GGUUUCGAGUCCCGCGAAAAGUCACGCCUGGUGUCUGCAAUCGCGAAUGAUCACAAUCUGAUUCCCUGCAGCUGUAUCGACAGUGCGGCUGGGGGCUGGGGGCGCGGACAGAAUCGGCACCAUAUACACACACCCGCAAGGCACAAUCUGCAGCAUCCGACACACACCGGAUUACGAAUAAGAGAGGCUGACCAUGAAAUCUAACGACUGUAACUCAGAAACCAUUGGUAACAUCAGCAAGCUACAGCCUGUAGUUAAUGGAGAAAAAAGCUACCAGUUGGAUCAAUGGGAGCAAACGUCAACACCGACUUCGCAGAGUCCCAGCCCAAAUCCAAAUCAGAGUGGAACUGACAGUACUGCAGAUUCUGAUAUGGAGAUUAUAUCCAAUGACAUCAAACAAAGACGAAAACAUGCAGCUGGAAGAUCGAAGGGCAAACUGAGAUGCCAAGGUGACUGUGAAGAGGCAAAACGACGAGGAGUAUCAGGUUGGGAAAGCAGUCUCAGACAAAGGCCAACUCCACGUAUAAUUUUCCAGGCAGGAAUUUCCUUUCGCCACAAAAAAAAGAAAGAAGAUAAUAAUAUGAAACCCAAAAAGGACAUGAACAGUUCAUUGCUCCAGAAAACCAGGAGAUCCCCCUCUGAAGUUUUUAUAACAGAAAAUCCUGUCAUUGACCUCACAACAGAGUCUCUGGAGAGUAAUAAAAUGCCUUCAAAUCAAGCGGAAGACUUUGUUUGUGAAAACAGUAUUGUGAAGGCUACAGAAGAAGUCCCUCAGUACCAGGAUGGUAAGGGUUAUGGCAUUGGGGAGCUGGUUUGGGGAAAGAUCAAGGGAUUCUCAUGGUGGCCGGCUAUAGUGGUUUCCUGGCGCACACCUGGAAGAAGGCAAGCUGCAACAGGAAUGAGGUGGCUUCAGUGGUUUGGAGAUGGCAAGUUCUCAGAGGUUUCUGCUGACAAACUUGUGCCUUUAACUGCAAUUGGUCAAUAUUUUCACACUUCUGCGUUUAACAAGCUCGUCUCUUACAAAAGGGCUGUGUUCCAGGCUCUGGAGAUCGCUAGUAGCAGAUCUGGAAUGCCAUUCCCCUCCAACGACCGGGGCACUUUGGAGGAACAAAUUAAGCCAAUGCUUGACUGGGCAUUUGGUGGUUUUCAACCAAAGGGUUACGAAGGAAUUAAGCCCAAACAAAACACAGAAAAUGAUACUGCAGGUGAAAACCGCGUAGAGGUCUAUGUCCCUGAGUAUUAUCCUCCUACAAAAAAACAGAAAACAAGCAUUUACAAAAGCAAAGAAGGAACUGAAGAGGAACAUCGGGGGAGAGAAAAGAUUUUCUUUCAAGUUACAUCAAACAAUAAAAGCAUAGAAGAAUUUUGUCUUGCCUGUGGAAGCAUUAGAGUCAGCACUUUCCAUCCACUGUUUGAAGGUGGCCUGUGUCCUAUUUGCAAGGAUAUCUACCUGGAGACAUCGUAUAUGUAUGACGAUGAUGGCUACCAAUCAUACUGUACUGUGUGCUGUGGUGGGCGAGAGGUGUUGCUGUGUGGAAAUGCAAACUGCUGCAGAUGCUUCUGUGUGGACUGCAUAGAUAUCCUUGUGGGGCCAGGUGCAUCCGAAGAAGCUAAGGUACAAGACCCUUGGAGAUGUUACAUGUGUCUUCCGAAUGAAAGCUAUGGAGUACUGAGAAGGCGCAGAGACUGGACCAUGAAACUCCAAGAGUUUUUUGCCAGUGACAAUGGUCAAGAGUAUGACCCACCUAAAAUUUACCCAGCAGUACCAGCUGAGCACAGAAGGCCAAUCAAAGUUCUGUCACUCUUUGAUGGGAUAGCAACAGGCUAUUUAGUUUUAAGGGAUCUGGGAUUUAAAGUAGAGAGAUAUGUUGCCUCUGAGAUAUGUGAAGACUCGAUUGCUGUAGGAACUGUCCGGCAUGAAGGAAAAAUCACAUAUGUGCAUGACGUCAGGAACAUCAGCAGGCAAAACAUUCUUGAGUGGGGCCCGUUUGAUUUGGUGAUUGGAGGAAGCCCAUGCAAUGAUCUUUCUAUUGUAAACCCUGCAAGAAAGGGUUUAUAUGAGGGCACAGGAAGACUCUUCUUUGAAUUCUACCGGCUACUUCAUGACACCAGACCGAAAGAGUGGGAAGACAGGCCUUUCUUUUGGUUAUUUGAAAAUGUUGUUGCCAUGGGAGUCAAUGAUAAAAGGGAUAUUUCACGUUUCUUGGAGUGUAACCCAGUUAUGAUUGAUGCAAUAGAUGUAUCUGCAGCACACAGAGCUCGCUAUUUUUGGGGAAACUUGCCGGGAAUGAACAGGCCCCUGGUUGCUUCUUCAGCAGAUAAACUGGAACUCCAGGACUGCCUUGAGCAUGGUAGGAUAGCAAAGUUUAGCAAAGUUAGGACCAUAACGACCAGGUCGAACUCCAUCAAGCAGGGCAAGGAUCAGCAUUUCCCAGUUAUCAUGAAUGGGAAGGAGGAUAUUCUGUGGUGCACAGAACUGGAGAGGAUCUUUGGCUUCCCAGUACAUUACACAGAUGUGUCAAAUAUGGGACGAGGAGCCCGACAAAAACUUCUUGGGAGGUCAUGGAGUGUGCCUGUCAUUCGCCAUCUAUUUGCACCACUGAAGGAUUAUUUUGCCUGUGAAUGAUACAGUACAGUAUGAUACCUUUCAGGAAAUAUAAAGGUGCUUUUACAAAGAAUGAGCAAUCAUAAAACAAAUUCAGACUAGUUUUAACAUAUUAGUAUACUGUGAUGCAAGAAAUUUGAAAGGCAUUAUUGUGAAGGUUGCAUGCUGUACAGUUAUGAUACUGUGGCCAUUAUGCACAGUCACAACUCAGGACAGGGUAGGUAUCAAACACACCUAUCACAGUUGUUUUAGCUUUUGUAAUCUCAUCUUUUAUACAAAGAAAAGACAGAAUUCCUACUUUUAGCUGUGGUUUUAUUACUGUAGUGUGAAGAUUAUACUUCACAGUUUUCUAGUGUACUUUGUAGUCACUCAUUUUAUGGGAUUUUAAGGGCUUUGAAGUCUUAAUGGUGCUAUUGUCUACCUUUUAGAUUUUCAACUUACUUCCUAAAACCUAAAAUAGUAUUUUAUUGUUAUAUAAUACAUAACUGUAGCUGGAUUUUGGUAGAUGAAUAGUAAAUCAUGAAACGAUUGUCUUAAAAAUAAAUAUAGUGUAGUUAAAAACCAUUUUUCAAAAAUGUUGAAGUUGAUGUUCUCUUUAAACAGUAUUUUAGUAUAUAGUUACUUACAUUUCAGACAAGUGUAUUUUCUUUCUGUAACCUUUUUAUGUACGUAGUCAGUGAAUAAUCAUGAUAUAAUGUUUAAUUUUUUAAUGUUUGUACUUUAGCAAGUUCUGCAAAUGUGUAAAUGAGCAAAAAAAUAUAAAGAUGGAAAACUGUAUAAGUUUAAAUCAAAGCAGUUGAAAUAUGGAGGAUGUCCAAAGCUAUGGUGAAACUUCUUAUCACAGCUAUUCUUACUCAGUCAAACUUACAUUCUGAGAGACAGUUCAUAUGUUUUGUUGGUAAUGUGAUGCUCUUCUUCCUGCUCCAUAUGUAUCUUUAAAAAUGUUUGGAGCUAUAAAAGGACUGAUCAUACUAAGAUUGCAGUAAUGUCAUGCUUAAGCAUGCUUUUUAAAUUCAAUGACAGCAAGUAAAAUACAAUGUUACAUUUUAUAUUUUCAACUCAAUACCUUAUCUAUUGUUUUACUGUGUAUGAUCAGAAUUGUCCAAGGGACUUGCUCUCUUGCCUCAAACAAAACUGUUAUUAAGACAUCUCGUAAGAUUUCUAGUCUGCAGUUUCUUUCUUUGUCUGGUUGAGAAGCAUCACCGCUUUGCUCCAAACUUCCUACCAACAAUAUGCCAAAGUAAAUAACUCACAAUGUGAGGUAACACAGCUGGUAAUGUGAAUCUUGUCAUUCUAAUUCAGCACAACCAUAUAUUAUUGAAUUGCAAAGGCAAGCCAAUUUAGUAUCUUCUUCAGCAAUAUAACAUUGGUCUUUUACUGACUUCAACUGGGCCAUUUGUUCUGGAUUAUUUUCCUUCUUUCUAUGCAUUUCUCGUGACAUUUUGUGCUUUACAUAGUGAGAUGUGAGUGUUGGAAACUGGAUCAUUUUUCAAUUUAGGAACCCAGGACCAAUGUGGAGCAUUUCCAAGUUAGUCACAGAUUUAAGGCUUUCUUUGGUUAAAUCCAGAAGAUCCAUUUCCCUGGAAAACAUCUCUCUUAUUCCCAACAAUCAGUAUUAAUGUCAACAUUAAAACACACUUCUGCUAUCACCAGUGUAAAAUUGUCACUUCUCAAUCUCUAUUUGUAAGGUUUCAAAAUCUAAUACCAAUUUAAUACCUAAGCAUGAGAGACUUGGUGCUGUGGAUUCUAAUAUCAUCACAAAAUGCUGUAUUCAUAGAUUUUGAAAGAAAAAUCAGCCACUUUGUUUUGUAUGAUGAUUUUGACUGGGAUUAAACUUUGGAUGUAAAAUUGUCAAAUUUAACAUUAGCUAAGUGAGUAGUACAAAUAUUUAACAUGUAAUUUAAACCAGAUUAUAAUUGUUCCAUUAAAUUUUACAGUUCACUUUUACAAACAUUAAAACUGCCACAACAUUUAGUAAAUGAAAAUCCCUCUUAUUAAAUGACAAUCUGUGUUUAAUACAAAUAAUUAUUAUGCGCACAUUCUCCCUACUGUAUUUAUUACAAUUGGUGAGAAAAAUAACUGACCUCUCUAAAGAAUUACAAUAAAAAGUAUGUUCUGUUCUCAUUACAGUUACAAAAAUAGGUGCUGAAAGAAGUCUAUAGCUCCCUGAAAAUUCUACUGAAUUUAUCCUGGGAGAAACUUAGCCAUGCAGACUUGCAGAUCCCCAAUUACAUCCUUCGUAUUGAAUUAGUUUUCCUGACUACAAUACAGUGACUCAUGCAUAUGUUGCAAGUUGAACAAGGGCAGGAUCAGGUUCAACUUUGAUCCCCACCUCAAUGCAUGGCAAUUUAGCCUGCCAGUAUUCAUUGCUGAGCCUUACUUUGACAAGGUACUAUAGAAUCAUACCUCAGAGAAAUCAAUAAUAAAUAUAAGACAGGGAGACCAUUAGCAAAUGUAAAAUAAACAAAUUUUUUAAAAAUCAGUGUGGACACUGCUGGUUCUGUUAACUUUGAAGACUGGAUUUUAACCUUUUAGAUCAAUCACAUAAAAUGAUUUCUUCUCUAGAAUAUGAUUACAUUUGUGUUAGCAAAAGGUACAUACAGGGAUUUGUCUUGAACAGCAUCCAUUGAGGUUUUCUUUCUUCCCAUUAGCAAACCUUUGCAGCAACCAAAACAAAAUGGAGCUAAGAACAGCUAAUUUAUGGUGUCAGUGAUAAGCAGCAAGGAUAACUACAAAUAAGAUCAUAGCCUGGCCUGAACUAUGUUCAAAUAACAGUAUUGAGUUAGUUUUUAGUAGCUGAUAUGUUAUAGUUAGGCACAAGAUUCCAGGAUUAAGGAGAAUAAAGUCAGCCAGAGUUCUGUUCUUGACUUGUUUUGGCAAAACACAUAUAUAUGAGUAACAACAGGACUCAGAUUAGCUGUGAAGGAAAAUAGUUCUCUGACUAUUUAGGUUAAUUUUAAACAGCAAUAUCUUAACUCCACUGAGAUAAUAUGGUUAUUUAAAUUCAAGUACUACUUUUUAGUGGAAUUCAGUUUAAACUGAAUAUUCUAUAUUUUUAAAAUGUAUUCUUGGUAAGGAUCAUUUAAAUUCUUUAAAUUCCACUUAAAAGUAUUGAUAUAAUGUUCAAGGAAUUGUUGAGAUGGUGUGAAUCGAUCUUGUGUGUUAAUUUCUUGAUAAUUUUGACUACCCUGUUCCAGAGAUUAAAGGCCAUGAAUAGUAUUUGUAAUCUGCAAAGCACAUCUUAAUAUUGUAUCUACAAUGCACAGAUAACUAAAUGAAACCUGUACUAAUGGCCUAUAAGACUAGUAACGUUUAUUUUCUAACCGCAUCUUACUAGACAGUUUAUAAUUCUUUCAGCAAGGUCUUUAUCUUAUUCAGAAGCCCACAUUUUAAAUCUUUAUUGUUUUUCCUUUUUAUGGAAUUAAUAACAUCAAUCACAAAGUUGAUAAUCAGGUUAGGUAAAAUUAAACACAAAGCAUUGGCCUGUGAAGAACCAUCACCACUAAACUACAGCUCAAUUCUGAAUACUAUUUUGAGUUCCCUCUUUGUGGAGUCUAGAAGCACUAUUGCAUUGUGACAAACACUUGAAUACUUCCAUUACAUUUUUAGUGAUUCUAAUUAGCAUUUAUAAAAAAAAUUUAGAUGGAAAAAGUGACAGUUAAAGAGAUGUAGAAAUACUGUGACUGUAUGUUUUAAAGCAGUCCACUGUAGUUUUCUUAAUAUUGAUGAAAAAUAAGAUUAUCUGUUCUUGGCAACUCCUAAGCUGACAAUGUGUGCAUUUUAAACCGUAAACUACACAAAAAUAUCAGUGGAACUAAUUCCACUGUACUUGAACUCAUCUCUCCAUUCUUCGUUGAUUUAAAGUCAACACUGUUUACAACAUAUAAAAUGUAUAAUAUGGUGCAGCUACUGUACAUGGAAUCAUUUGUUUCGUAGUUUGUUUCAAAAUGAGCCAUCCUACAAAAAAACUGUAGUGAUGACCCAAUGAAAACACUUCAAAAUUGUGAUUACUUUAUGUAAAAAUCAUAAUGGUUUUUGUUUUAAACGUAUACAAAAUGUUUCCAUUGUGAAAAUGUGACAGUAUGAAAAUUUUGUUUUGGCAUGCAUCCCUAUCAUUUUUAAUAUAUGAUAAAAAGGAUUUAACUGUAUCCCCUGUAUGUGAGACUAAGAGGUACAAAUUGUAGCACUGCUUGUCUGUUUACAAUAAAUAAUUUUCCUCCCA